AUGCAACAUGGCUCUUCCCCAUAUCCAUCCGAGUCUGGACUGUUGAAUAACGGAGAUGAAGAACUUCGUCCAUUGACAGCCACCCCUUUAUCCUCCUCGUUGGAAGAGCAAUUAUCAUCAGGUCAACUCAACUCUGGAGAACAACAACAAGAUGAAAAUCCGCCCCGCCUCAUGCUAGUCAUUUGUUUGUUACAAGGUUUGAUUUAUCCCAUGAUUUACAAUAUUUUGAUCUUGUCAUGGGACUAUUUCAUGUAUCGGAAUAACAAGGUUGAUUAUACGACUCUUGUGUUGAUGCUUUCUGGACUUGGAAUAGGUCAUCCAAUCAUUUUAAUCGUCUAUUUUGCAGUUGGUUUGGUUAGGAGAGGAAAACAAGCAGAUAAACGAUGGGCGAUGGCCAUUCUCACUGGAUUUUCCCUGGUUGUAUCAUGUGUAUUAUGGUUGGUGGUAAUUCUAUUAAGAACAAAUGAUGUUUACAUGGUGACUCUUCUCUUCUUGGCAUUGAGUAUCUGCAUGUCCUGCUGGAAUAGUCAGAUCUGGCUUGCUGUUCGUGUAUUGCCUGUGAACUGCAUGCGUGCAGUAGUUUAUGGUAUUGAAUGCUCUGGAUUUUUGUUUGGUGUUUUACGUUUGGCAACAAAAUAUGUAUCUCUAUUGAUUUCUGCCAAUGAACAAGCCAAUAAUAACGAAUUCAUCUUUUUGAUAGUGUUUUUGACGAUAUGCUGCACAAUAGCCUUCGUUGUGACCAUUCCCUUUUUAUGGAUGCUUGUGAAAUCUGAGUAUUACGCCUCCAAAUGGAAUCAUUAUCAACAAGAAUUGGAAAUGGCAUUUGAAAAACAACGAGCGAAAGAAGAACAAGAAUUGAAAAGAUUUGAGCAAGAGUUUUUACGGAAGCAAGAGCAAACAUACUCAACUGCUGCUACUUCUAAUCUCUAUCAGACCGAUUUGACAAACUCUGGUAUACAAACAGAGCUAGUUUCGUCACAACAAGUUCGCGAAGAAGAAAUCCUUCAUCAGCAACAUGUUUCAGAACAAGAUCCUCAAGACCUCGAAGAAAAAAGAAAAUUUUUUUCUAGAUGUGUGUUUAUCCUUUCCAUACCCUCCAACGUCAUCACAUGUCUUGUGUUUCCAGUCUUGUUGGUUUUUCUCAAAAGCAGUCUUCCGUUCUUCAAGAAUAAUAUCUUUCCCAUUGUUCUCGUGACUGUUUUUGCAUUUACUGCCAUGAUGGGUUCCUUCACAUCUUGCAAUUGUGCCUUCCCAAGACGAUGGAUGAGCGUGUUGUUGAGUCUUUCACGAUUACUGCUAAUUCCGCUAUUCCUUCUAUUGUGCGGAGGAGUGAUUCAAUUUUUCAACGAUCAUGUUGAAGUGGUUGCCUUAAUCGCAACCAUGCUCUUUUCAUUCUCUCAUGGUUAUUCCUCCACUUCCUUGUAUUUGAAACUAUUGAAAGAAUGUACACAGAUUGAAGAUUUCAAACAAAAGAGCGCAGUAUUUUCUUUCAAUAUUUUCAUCAUAGAGGCUUGUAAAUUACCGCUCGUUAUAGUCAGCUUCUUCUUUUUGGCAAUAGCCUUGCCAUGA